GGAGGUGACUUCCAUGAUCCAUCGCUGCUCCUUUUCCAUCCCUCUCGCCUUCAAGGUUCAGAAUUGCGCUGCACCAGCCCCAAAGCACUGAAUGCCGUGGACGUGAUGAGCUGUAUUCGGAAGAACCCUUCCAACUGUAUGAUCACUGAUUUAUGAAGGCUGGCUGCUUCUGAGACUGUGCUGCUGUGUUAUUUAGGGGACGUCAGGGCACCAUCUGAAACGAUAGUCCGGGCUAGUGCAUCACUGAGUCCGUAUCCUAUUGCUGAGCUUAUCUAGCAUUCAGCUUUCGUUUCGAGUCCCCGUCAGACUCACGAUGUUGGAAGCGCAAAAUCGCCACGUCAGGGAUGCAGCACUACUAGGCGUCCUCCUCCUCGCGGUAUGCAUUUCCAGAGCGGCAGCAUUAAGACGAGUGCUGAACGAGGCACCUCCCAUUUUCGACGGGGCAGCGGAGCUUCAAAAGAUCCGCGAGGCUCUUCGGUCAGCCGGGUUCACGGAAUUCCUCCAACGGCUCAACAGACCUCAAGUUCUGAAUGUCAUCCGGCCCGCGCUGAACCACUAUCAGCUCACCAUAUUCGCCGUACCUAACGACGCCAUUCUCGGUGCUGCUAACGGCACUGCCGUCCCUCCCGGCUGCGCCCGUGCCAGGAGAAGUUCAGGGUCUCCGUCGGACCUGAUGAGUGCCAGCAUGGCGUCGCACAUCGUUCUUGGCCUCGUCACAGCAGAAGAUAUUAUCGACUCGGCCGAUGGCACGAAGUUUGGAGAGAUCAAAGGCUUUCAGUCAAAUUAUGUGAAGAGGUUUCACACCAGGAGAGUCUAUACGGGCAUCCUGAAAGAGCAGGUCUUGCUUACUAACCCCCUCGUUGGGAGCAGACAAAUCCCACUUAUCUCCCCGGAUUUGUUCCUCGACCAGUAUGUGUCUAUUCAGGGGAUUGAUGGCAUUAUGUGUGGGCCAAUUUCCGUAAGCAGCAGCUAAGCGGGGACUCUCAUCACUACAUACUACUAGGCAAUCCACGAGUCAUCUGGUGGAAGAUGCAUGGAGAUUCUAGCAUUUUAUGUUUGCGUACAUAUACAUUAUAUACAAAGAGUACAAGAAAAUAUAUGUUUGUAUCGUGUGGUCUAUGACCCUUGAUUACGCAAGACUAUAUCCUGCGCGA